CUGCGGGAGGAGAGGAAGGGAAAAAGUAGGAGUGAGGAAAGUCAGCAUCAGAGAGUGCUGGCACUAUCACCGCACCGUUACCGCAUCGGCCCUGGCGAGGGGCGCCCAGUCUGACCAUGAGGACUAGCUGAUCACCCUACAAGUACCCGGUUAGGAGAACACACAGUGCGGGAAAAUGAUUCCCGUUACUGAAUUCCGACAGUUUUCGGAGCAACAGCCAGCCUUUCGAGUGCUGAAACCAUGGUGGGAUGUUUUCACGGAUUAUCUAGCCGUUGUAAUGCUUAUGGUUGGAGUAUUUGGAUGCACACUGCAGGUCAUGCAGGACAAGAUAAUCUGCCUACCCAAAGGAGUAGAGUCUGGUGGCACCCCUUUGCUACCUAACAAUUCUAGCAUGGUACCAACAAAGUUGCCACUCUCCUCAACCAGUCCAACAAUUCCUUCUGGAACAGUGGAAAUGAAGGGUCUGAAGACCAAUUUAGAUAUUCAGCAGUAUAGCUACAUCAACCAAGUGUGUUAUGAGCGUGCUCUUCACUGGUAUGCAAAGUAUUUUCCCUACUUAGUUCUUAUACAUACUUUAAUUUUCAUGCUGUGUAGCAACUUUUGGUUUAAGUUUCCUGGAUCAAGCUCAAAAAUUGAACACUUCAUUUCAAUCCUGGGAAAAUGCUUUGAUUCCCCUUGGACUACAAGAGCAUUGUGCAAAGUAUCUGGGGAAGAGCCAGAAGAAAAGGAUAAUGUUAAAUCUAACAUAAACAAAGGUGGUGGAAGUCCAUGUGCAGCGGAGAACACUCUAGUAAAGACGCAGUCUCUAAAAUCAAUUGCUGAGAAGAUUGUCAUCGAUAAAACUGCAGCUGGGGCGCUGGAUAAAAAGGAGGGAGAGCAAGCAAAGGCAUUGUUUGAAAAAGUAAAAAAAUUCCGACUUCACGUAGAAGAAGGGGAUAUACUGUACCUUAUGUAUGUUCGGCAAACGUUCAUAAAAGUUGUAAAAGUCAUAAUCAUUCUUGGAUACAACAGUGUUCUCGUUUCAAAAGUAAGAUAUACUGUGCAAUGUGAUGUUAACAUACAGGACCUGACAGGGUAUAAGAACUUUUCCUGUAAUCAUACAACGGCCCAUCUCUUUUCUAAGCUUUCAUUUUGUUACUUGUGCUUUGUUGGGGUCUAUGGCCUAACGUGCAUAUAUACAAUUUACUGGCUGUUCUACCGAUCCUUAAAGGAAUAUUCUUUUGAGUAUGUGCGUCAAGAGACUGGCAUAGAUGAUAUCCCAGAUGUCAAAAAUGAUUUUGCCUUUAUGUUCCACAUGAUAGACCAAUAUGAUCCAUUGUAUUCUAAGAGGUUUGCGGUUUUUCUCUCUGAAGUAAGUGAAAAUAAAUUAAAGCAACUCAACUUAAACAAUGAAUGGACAGCGGAUAAGCUGAGACAGAGACUACAAACAAAUGCCAACAACAGGCUAGAAAUGCAAUUAUUCAUGCUUUCUGGCAUUCCAGACACUGUUUUUGAGGUCACUGAACUUCAGUCUUUAAAGUUGGAAAUUAUAAAUAAUAUCACAAUACCAGCUACUAUUGCCCAACUUGAUAACCUUGAAGAAUUGUCUUUGUGCCAGUGCUCUGUAAAAAUUCACGCUACGGCCUUGACUUUUCUGAAGGACAGACUACAGGUUUUGAGAGUAAAGUUUGAUGAUGUUAGAGAACUUCCUAUGUGGAUGUAUAGUUUGAGAAACUUGAAGGAACUUUACUUAAUUGGCUCAUUAAGCCAAGAUGUAGCAAAAAACAUUACACUGGAGUCUUUUCGGGAGCUGAAGAACCUUAAAACCUUUUAUGUCAAGAGCAAUUUAGUCAAAAUCCCUCAAGGUGCAGUUGAUGUUGCCAGUCAUCUUCAGAAACUUUGUAUCCACAAUGACGGCACCAAGUUGGUAAUGAUGAACAAUUUGAAGAAGAUGGUCAACUUGGCAGAGUUAGAACUUGUACAUUGUGAUUUAGAACGUAUACCUCAUGCUAUUUUCAGUCUUUUAACACUUCAAGAACUUGAUCUCAAAGAAAAUAACAUCAAAUCCAUAGAAGAACUACUUAGUUUUCAACAUCUGCGCAAACUUAUUGUCUUAAAGCUGUGGUACAACAGUAUUUCAUAUAUUCCAGAACACAUUAAAAAACUAAGUAGUCUGGAACGCCUUUAUUUUUCUCACAAUAAGAUAGAGGUUCUUCCUUCUCACUUAUUUUUAUGCCACAAACUCAGAUACUUAGACCUGUCUUAUAAUGAUAUUCGAUUCAUACCACCAGAAAUUGGGGUUCUCCAAAGUUUACAUUAUUUCUCAAUUGCCAAUAACAAAGUUGAAAGUAUACCGGAUGAGCUAUACUUCUGCAAGAAACUAAAGACUUUGAAACUUGGGAGAAAUAAUCUAUGUUCUCUCUCGCCAAAAAUUGGCAACUUGCUUUUUCUCUCUUAUUUGGACAUCAAGGGCAAUCACUUCGAAAUAUUACCACCAGAACUUGGUGAAUGCAAGGCCUUGAAAAAAAAUGGACUCAUUGUUGAGGAGACCUUGUUUGAAACACUGCCAUCUGAAGUCAGAGAACAAAUAAAAUCAGAAUGACGAUUCUAGAGAUAUCUUCAUAUUAUCGGGCAUUAUCUAAUAUUACUUACAUAAUGUACUACUAUACUAUGUUGUUGGUAGUUAUGUCUUCAGCAAUUUGUAAUGCGGAGUCAAAUGAGAACUGAUCAUACAACAGCAAGGCAUUUCUAGAAGUGUAUUGCAGGGCAAUGUGGGGUUUCAGAACCUCAGAAGACUUUAAUUUGGAGUUUUUAUCUGCUCAGGUACUGUUUUCAUUUUUGAGAUAAGUUCGUGUUUUGCGAAAUGUCACAGAAUACAUUAUCUUUGCUUGCAAGUUUCAUUGUUUGUGCCUUAAUUUCAAUAGAUCAAAGAACAUAAGUGAUAAAUGACAGCUAAAAAUAAAUGUAUUCUUUUCAACCAAAGUUUCAAGUCCAAAGACAAGACAUAGUUGGAGAUGUUAUUUUUUUUGCCUUUUUGUACUUUCAAUGUGUCAUAUAUACAAUUAAUGAUCAAACUUGUGCU